CAAGGGCGCGGGAGCCGGUGACGGGAGCCGGAGCACUCUCCUGGACAAAGCGCGCAGCGCCGCGGCGCCGGGGCCGGAACAAAAGACGCCCCAGUGCCGGGCACCGCGCGGAGGGCGCGCGUGGGGGCGGGGCGGCGCAGCCCCCUCUCGGUAGAGCGUCCUCCCCUGCUUUGUGUCUGCACCUUCGUGCUGGCCACUGCGCGGGGCUGACACCCCCCAGGCCCUGAGUCCGGCUCCGGCCGGGGUUGUCCGGGUGCGUGGGGCGUCUGUCCUGAAGUCUGUCUUAAUCCAUGUGCCCAGAGCAGUAAUGGGGGGACAGACGUCUGGAGCCGCGUCUAGGGCCUGGGUCUGGCUGCCUGGCAGGGGUGACCUGGGGAGUUGGGCUGAACAGACUUGUGUGAGGUUCUGGGCUGUGCAGUCCCUGGGUUUGUGUUUUUAGUCCUUCUUGGAAGGGCAGGCAUGGUCAUUCAUGUGCAGCACAUGUUUCAAUGCGUGUACAUCUGCCUUCACGUAGCACCCCUGUGUGCCAGGUGCACACAUGUGAGCUCUGCUCCUCUGCACCCUGCCUUGAGGUGCCAGACCCUGCAUGAAUGUGUGGGUGUGUUCCACCCGGUGCUGGGGUGCUUGAUGCAUACGUGUAGACUAGCGAUGGUUGCGUGUGCAUGCGUCCCCUCGAUGUGGAUGCAUACACGUACUGUGUGUUCAUCGUGCACGUAUGAGUUUUGCCACUAAACACACAUGUUAGUUUGCGUGUAUCCCAGCCCUUGAUAUACAUAUCUGUGUACAUGUGUGCCCCAUAUCCACAAGUGCACAAGUCUGUGUGUGCACUGUGCCCCUACAUGCAUGUACACUUGAUUGCACAUGAACAUGUUUACAGUGCCUCCGUGCACAUGUGCAUUUGGUCACGCAUGUGUGUGCGUGCUAGGUCUCUGGGGGUGUGCCAGCGACAGGGCCUGUGCGUGGGUGUCUCAGUGGGCCUGGGCAUCGCUGCUGCCACCCCUGAGUCCCUAGGGCUAGCUCCUUACACAACCACCUCAAAAGGGAGUCAGCAACAAAGGCCUGAGGAGGCUGGGGGUUCAGGGUCAGGGGUCAGCCCAGAGAGUGGCCCCAUGCCUUGAGCAGAGGGGCCGUGGGUGGUCCUCUCUGUUCUCCCAUCUUCCGUUGCUGACUGAUUGAGGGAGGGGGUGUGAACAGCUUGGACACCCACGAUCCUGGGCCCCCAGCACUGCCCACUGUGCUCCAGGGCCCAGGGGCAGGGAGGCAUAGCUGGGCCCCAGCUGGGGCUCAGUUCUGGCUGAAGCCCCCUAGCCUCGCCCUGGACCCUCACUCAGAAGCCUCAUGCUCCUCCUUGCCCUGUCAUGUCGUGGGCGCUGGCAGCCUGCUCUCCUCCCGGCCUUUCCUCCUUCACCAGCCUGCUUUGCCUGUGGCGCCCGCAGUGGGAGUGGCGGCUGCCUGGGCUUUGCGUGCCUCCUCCGGCAGGGAGGGGCUGCCCAGGAAAGUGCCAGCCCGGCCUGGGGUGGAAGCUGAGGAGAUUCACUCAGACCCUGGAUCACAGAGGCCACCCUGGGUGGGUUUGGGGGUUGGGCUGAGAUUUGAUAGGGGUUUGAGGCUGUCCUGGGGUCCCCCUGUCUGCUCAGCCUCAGGUGCUGGUGAGGAUGUAACCUGGACUUCCUGGCAGCCAACCUGGGGCUGCCCGGGUGGGGCCAUGCUGGAGGAUGUGGUCAGUGAUAGGGAGCCAAGUGGCCCCAGCCUUGGGAAGGGACACUCUGCCUGCAUGCUCUUGGCUUGGGGAGAGCCCCAGAGCCCCGGGAUGCACUUGGCUGGGGGGGGUGGGUCCAGACUCUCCCACACAGGCCUGGGGAGCUGCCCACCCCUCGUGCUUGUGCCCCCUCCCCUGGGUGGGGCUUUAGGCGCUGAGUCAUAGCUUCGGUGGGGAGCCAGCCACUCCCUCCUCCCCACCCUCCAAGCUGUGAGGAAAUCCUGGAGUAAGGGCAGGAGAGGAGGCUUUGGGUCUUUGGGGCCUCCAGGGGGAGAGCUGAGGGGCAUGGGGCCCCCAGGACAGGACUCUGGCUCUUGGCUCUGCUGAGCACCCACCUUGCCCCCAUGAGUACAUUCGUCAGCAUCUGGCACAGCCCGACCCUUGCUGGUUCUUCAGGGACCAGGCCACCCGACCCCCAAGGACAGCAGCUCUCCUGCAGGGCAGUUGGGGUGGCUGGGGCUCCAGGGACCAUGUCUCCCUCUGCAGCAUUCUCUCCUGGGUGGGUGGUCCUUCCCUGCCCUGGCACCCCAGGGACCAUGUCUCCCUCUGCAGCAUUCUCUCCUGGGUGGGUGGUCCUUCCCUGCCCUGGCACCCUUGGAGGUAGGGGAGAGGCUACGGCAGCGGUCAGGGUCCCCAGGGUCCGAGCCUCCCACAGUUGGCCAUGCUUCAGGCCACACCUCCAUGCGGUUCGGGCUGGGCAGCUGAAGGACAGUCCUGGGUGGGCUGCGGGCUAUCCUACUGGGGCGUGGACAAAUGUCCCCUCUCACCCCUCCCUGCUCAAGAACUCAGAGUUCCCUUGGGGGCUGCUCAAAGAGGAGCUGAUGUCCUGCCAGAGAGGACAGUGGGGACCUUCUACCUGGGGCUCUCUUCACAGUUCCUAAUUGAGGGCACACUGAGUUAUGCCAAAUGUGAGGGACUAGGUCCCUCCCCCUAGGCCUGGGAAACCCUGGAUCACGCCCCUCCCCCACCGGCCAAGGGGGCAGCAAGGGGCCACUAGAACUGGGCGGCCUCCCCUCUGCCGGCCCUGCCCAAGUCUUGUCCCUGGAGGCCUGGCCUGAGCCCCAUCCCCAUCGUCCCUCGUCCCCCGGAGGCCAGAUGGGCCCAGCUCCCAGCCAGCUGAGUGGGUUGGGGGGUGCGCUGGGAUCCUGGCCCUGUUUCCCUAUUUCCUGUUCCCGGAGCCUUGGAGGGGGGGGGUGGUCACGUGCCCAAUCCAUCUGCCUCUGCCUUCCGGGGAUUCUCCGGCCAGUGGCUUCUCUGGUGAUGUCAUAUGUUAACUCUUCCAUCCCCGAGGCCGCCCCGUUGUCCGUUGUGGUGUUGCCCCAGUGGGAGUGGGCUCCUCUGAGGCCUGACCCACCCCUCCCUCCAGGCAGACUGUGCCGUUUGGUGUUUUGAGGGCGACUCUCGACGAGGUGGAAACAGAUGUGGUUGAGAUCGAGGCCAAGUUGGACAAGCUGGUCAAGCUGUGCAGCGGCAUGAUCGAGGCCGGCAAGGCCUAUGUCACAACCAACAGGCUCUUCGUGAGCGGCGUCCGUGACCUGUCCCAGCAGUGCCAGGGUGACACCGUCAUCUCGGAAUGUCUGCAGAGGUUUGGAGACAGCCUGCAGGAGAUGGUCAACUACCACAUGGUAAGCCCAGACCGGGGUGGAGGCCUGUCCAAGGGCACGUCCAUCCAGCUUCCUCAUCGCUGUCAUCCCAUCCCAGGCAGCGCCCCCACUGGCUCCCCGCAGGCCCCGCCCAGCCUGGAAUGCUCUCGCUGGGCUGGCUCAGAGGGAGCUGAGCUGGCUGGCGGCUACGGGAGGAGGCCACGUUUCUGCUCCUUGGUCUGUGGGGGUGGGGCCAUCACUGAGGUGUUCUGCUGUGUCCAGAUCCUGUUUGACCAGGCCCAGAGGUCCGUUCGGCAGCAGCUCCACAAUUUCAUCAAAGAGGAUGUGCGGAAGUUCAAGGAGACUAAGAAGCAGUUUGACAAAGUGCGAGAGGACAUGGAGCUGUCCCUGGUGAGGAAUGCCCAGGCCCCGCGGCACCGGCCCCAUGAGGUGGAGGAGGCCACGGGCGCCCUGACCCUCACCCGGAAGUGCUUCCGCCACCUGGCACUGGACUACGUGCUCCAGAUCAACGUCCUCCAGGCCAAGAAGAAGUUUGAGAUCUUGGAUUCUAUGCUGACCUUCAUGCAUGCCCAGCACAGCUUUUUCCAGCAGGGCUACAGCCUGCUGCACCAGCUGGACCCCUACAUGAAGAAGCUGGCUACCGAGCUGGACCAGUUGGUGAUUGACUCAGCAGUGGAAAAGCGUGAGAUGGAACGCAAGCAUGCCGCCAUACAGCAGCGGACGCUGCUGCAGGACUUCUCCUAUGAUGAGCCCAAAGCAGAGUUUGAUGUGGACGCGCCCAGUGGUGUGGUGAUGGAAGGCUACCUCUUCAAGAGGGCCAGCAACGCCUUCAAGACGUGGAACCGGCGCUGGUUCUCCAUCCAGAACAGCCAGCUGGUCUACCAGAAGAAGCUCAAGGAUGUGUUGACCGUGGUGGUGGAUGACCUCCGCCUGUGCUCCGUGAAGCCAUGUGAGGACAUUGAGCGGAGGUUCUGCUUUGAGGUCGUGUCACCCACCAAGAGCUGCAUGCUGCAGGCUGACUCCGAGAAGCUGCGGCAGGCCUGGGUCCACGCCGUGCAGGCCAGCAUCGCCUCAGCCUACCGGGAGAGCCCAGACAGCUGCUACAGUGAGAGGCUGGACCGCACGGCAUCCCCAUCCACGAGCAGCAUUGACUCAGCCACGGACUCCCGGGAGCGCAGCGUCAAGGGCGAGAGCGUGCUGCAGCGUGUGCAGAAUGUGGCUGGCAACAGCCAGUGCAGCGACUGCGGCCAGCCAGACCCCCGCUGGGCCAGCAUCAAUCUGGGGGUGCUGCUCUGCAUCGAGUGCUCAGGCAUCCACAGGAGCUUAGGUGUCCACUGCUCCAAGGUGCGGUCCCUGACUUUGGACUCAUGGGAGCCAGAGCUGCUGAAGCUGAUGUGCGAACUUGGAAACAGCACCAUGAACCACAUCUAUGAGGCCCAGUGCGAGGGGCUGGGCAGCAGGAAGCCCACGGCCAGCAGCCCCAGACAGGACAAGGAGGCCUGGAUCAAGGACAAAUAUGUCGAAAAGAAGUUUCUGCGGAAGCCACCCUCAGCACCAGCCCGGGAGGCCCCCCGGCGCUGGCGGGCGCAGAAGUGCCAGCGCCACCACAGCUCUCCCCGCGCCCCCACUGCCCGCCGCAAGAUCCGGCUGGAGCCUAUCUUGCCCUCCGUGGCUGCUCUGUCCUCAGCAGGCACUGUGGAGCGCAGGUUCCGCAGGGAUUCCCUCUUCUGCCCGGAUGAGCUGGACUCCCUCUUCUCCUACUUUGAUGCAGGGGCUGCGGCGGCCGGUCCACGCAGUCUGAGCAGCGACAGCGGCUUAGGGGGCAGCUCGGACGGCAGCUCAGACGUCCUGGCCUUCGGCGCGGGCUCUGUGGUGGACAGUGUCACUGAGGAGGAGGGUGCAGAGUCAGAAGAGUCCAGCGGUGAGGCAGACGGGGAGUCCGAGGCCUGGGGCCUGGCAGAUGUGCGCGAGCUGCACCCUGGGCUCCUAGCACACCGCGCAGCGCGCACACGUGACCUGCCCGCGCUGGCCGCGGCACUGGCCCACGGGGCCGAGGUCAACUGGGCCGACUCGGAGGACGAGGGCAAGACGCCGUUGGUGCAAGCCGUACUAGGGGGCUCCCUGAUCGUCUGUGAAUUCCUCCUGCAAAAUGGAGCGGACGUGAACCAAAGAGACAGCCGGGGCCGGGCGCCCCUGCACCAUGCCACGCUCCUGGGCCGCACCGGCCAGGUCUGCCUGUUCCUGAAGCGUGGGGCCGACCAGCAUGCCUUGGACCAUGAACAGCAGGACCCACUGAGUAUCGCGGUCCAGGAGGCGAAUGCGGACAUCGUCACACUGCUGCGUCUGGCGCGCAUGGCUGAGGAGAUGCGUGAGGCCGAGGCGCCCCCGGGCCAGCCAGGCCCCCUGGCGGGCAGCAGCCCCACAGAACUCCAGUAUCGCAGGUGCAUCCAGGAGUUCAUCAGCCUCCAUCUGGAGGAGAGCUAGGCGGGGGGGCCGGGCACCCGCGGAUGCGGCUGGGGAUCCCCGCCCAGCCCCUCUGCCCUGCCUGGCCACCACAGCCCUGCUUGGACUACCAUGGGCCCGUUUCCCGAGAGCCGCCUGUCAGGUGCUCCUGGAGCCCCUGCUGCCUGUCCACCCUCCUCGGAGCUGCCAGACCCAGGGCCAAGAGAGGGCCUCCAGCACUAUCUUCUCAACCCCACAUUUCCCCUGGGGAUGGCACCUCCCACCCCAUAUCUUCAGGCUACCCCUUCCUUGGGGGGCCUAGGUUGCUCGUGUCACAAACUUCUCUCAAGGUCCCAUGUCACCUCAUGCCCCUCUGUCCCCGGGGCCUGUGUCACUUUGUGCCCCUCUCUGGCCUCAGGGCCUGUGUCACCUCGUGCUCCCACCUUUACUGCCCCAGAACACAGACCUGCUAGUUGGGUCCUUCCUACAUCCCCAGAGCCCCCACUAGGCCCUGGGGCUGGUGGCUGGCCAUCCAGGGAAUCAACCCGUGUACCUCACUUAGUGACCCCAGCAUCCGGGCUGGGCUUCUUGGGUGCUGGUGGGGGGCUCUGGCCUGGGGCCUCAGCCCUGGCUGGACGCAGGCGUCCGAGGCCAUGUGGCUGGCCACACAGGCCCCUGUCUGGGCAGCCCCAGACCUGUCCCUGCCUCCUCCAGAAGUACGUGGCCCAGAGUCGGUGCAUAAAGGACUUUGGCACUUUCUACCCCUGCAUCCGAUGUUCUUUGUCACCGAGUGAGUGGAUUUUCUACGACGACCUCAUUCUCACUUUGUCUCAUGUCCUUUCUCUGUGGACUCCCGAGGACCACCUUGACCCUGGCUCUGCCUGCUGCAGGGGGAGGCCCCUAUAGCCCUGCCCUGCCCCUAUAGCCCUGCCCUGCCCCCUCGCCAGCCUCACACCUUGGCGGGGCUGUCAGAUGGGUCCAGGGGUCCCUCAGCUCCCUCCCCAGGGCCCGUUGAUGCCUUCUGCGUUCCUCUUUCCUGGAGCCCAGGGGCAGGGCUGGACCUGUCCCCAACUUGGGCCCCUGGUCAGGCUAAGGCCAGUUGGCUGGUCACUAUGCAAAGGCUGCCCAGGGAGGCUCCAGGCGCAGCAGGGUGGGCACUGGCCGGCCCCGCUCCCUUGCCUGCUGGCUGUAACCCCUAAAGAGCAGAGUAACUCCUCGUCUCUCCCUGCUUGAGCUCUGUCCCCAGCUCCCAUUCCCCUGCCUGCGUCAGGGCCUCAUGCCUGGGCCUCGGGCUGGCAGGACCGCCCCUGCUCCAGUUCAUGGUAAUAAACUGCUUGCACCUGCAGCCUGUCA